AUGUCGAAAACUUGUGCCAAGUGCAACGAUAAACUAAAGCGAUCUGAAAUGAUUGUGUGUCGAUUGUUUUGUGGCCAAUAUUUUCAUAAAGACUGUGUUGGAAUUUCUUCAGAAGAAUCAAAUAUUUUAUCAAAAUCUAAUUUUAAUUGGCAGUGUGACAGUUGUUCUCUUAUAAACCUCUCCAACUUUUUUAACCGAUUUACGGAGCUUUCACAGUGUGUUAGUGAAUUGAAAAGAGAAAUAUGUUCUUUACGCGAAUUAUUUCAUAACCCCCAAAGUGUAAAGCCUCUCUUAAAUUCAAAAUCUCCCGCAUUAACUGAUCCAUCAAAAAACAAUUUAAUUCCACCUACUACUGCCCCCCGCGAAAAUGUUAGUCCAUCUACAUCAAAUAAUUCUAACCAAAGCGUCGCAGUGGUUGCUGACAGUGUUGAUCAACAGAAAGAAACGGAAACAAAUAAUGCAUCAAACUUUUUAAUAAACUGCGCUCCAAACAUCAAUAACAAUUCAUCAUUCGCGAGGGUUAACAAAAAUAACAAUGAAAAACUCUCUCGCGGCCCAAUUUCUAAUGUUCCUAUCUAUGGUACAAACACAAACUCGGAUCUUAAUGUGAUUCUCAAUAACAAGUGGGUUCAUUUAUCAAGCUUCUCAAAUGAUACUGAACCAGACUCAAUUGUUGAAUAUAUAUCCAAUAUUACUAAAAUCCCGAAUCAAUUUUUUAAAUGCUUUAAAUUAACCAAAAAAGAUGCUGUUAUGAGUGAGUUACCCUUUGUUAAUUUUAAGCUUAGUGUACCAGAAGACAAGUUGAAUACUAUCUUGAUGCCUACUAUAUGGCCUGAAUUUGUCCGUGUGAAGUUGUUUGUUCCAACUCCAAAAAACCUAAAACAACAAAAUGCAAUAACAACAACAUAA